CUUAUCUUAUCUCGCCUAAGAGGAAAUUCUGCAUUACUGGGCUGCGAUUUCCACCAUCCAUCCUUUUAGUACAUGGCUCAAGUUGAAGAAAAACCCGAACUCUUCCCUCUGAUCGCAGACGUUGUCAAUAAAGCCCAUGCCGGAGAUGAAGAAGAUACUGACGCUAGACCACUCGAGGAGAUCGAGUCUCUUUGCAUGCAGUGUGGGGAGCAGGGAGUAACACGAAUGAUGCUCACAUCAAUCCCGUUCUUCCGCGAAGUGAUCGUGAUGAGUUUCCGCUGCGAACAUUGCGGCCACUCAAACAAUGAGAUUCAGUCGGCGGGGAAGAUCAGACCCGAAGGCACUAUGUACACAGUAAAAGUGCUCAAUCGCGGUGACCUUGACCGUCAACUUAUUCGCUCCGAAGCGUGUAGCAUCAACAUCCCCGAAUUUCAGUUGGUUCUUCCGCCCUCCCGUGGGCAGCUUACAACUGUCGAGGGUCUUCUCCGAAAUAUCGUUGCGGAUCUGGGCGUACAGCAACCGCUUAGACGCAUUCAGGAUGAGAAAGCCUACGCUAAGAUCCAGGAAAUCAUUGAUGGUCUCAAGGAGAUCAUUGCUGAUGACGAAGAUGAAGACGAAGGAAAGGACAAGCCCGAGAAGAGAGCACUUUCGAAAGAGGAUCCAGUAAUACGUGCGAUCACCAUUACCCUAGACGAUCCAUCUGGGAAUUCGUUCCUCGAGUUCGUGGGCAGCAUGUCCGAUUUGAAGUGGAACAUGCGUACAUACGAAAGAUCUCUUGAGCAGAGCCGGCAGCUUGGAUUGGCACCUCCUGUGGAAGACGCGGAAGAAAAUGCGGUAGACGAGACAGAACAAUUAGGGGGUCCGAACGAGGAAGUGUUUGAGUUCCCCGGAAUCUGCUCGCGUUGCGGACGACCUCUCAUCACACGUAUGAAGAAGGUUUCCAUCCCUUACUUUAAGGACACUCUCAUAAUGUCAACUAACUGCGAAGACUGCGGCUAUCGAGAUAACGAGAUCAAGUCAGGGGCUGCAAUUUCUGAGCAUGGCAAGAGGAUCACAUUAAAGGUUGAAGAUAGAGACGACCUGAGCCGCGACAUACUUAAAAGCGACACGAGCGGUCUCAGCAUACCGGAGAUAGACCUCGUUCUCCACCCCGGCACGCUAGGCGGACGUUUUACGACUUUAGAAGGCAUUUUAGAUCAGGUAUACGAGGAACUCACCGAGAAAGUAUUUAACACGGGAGAUUCUGGGGUCGUCGACGUCGACGACAGAGCCGAGUUCCAGGAGUUCUUGAGAAAACUGAAGCAGGUCAAGAACGCUGAGAUACCGUUCACCUUGAUCCUUGAUGACCCCCUGGCGAACUCACACGUGCAGAAUCUAUAUGCACCUGAUCCAGAUCCGAACAUGGAGAUCGUCACAUACGAGCGAACGUGGCAGCAGAAUGAAGACCUUGGAUUGAAUGACAUGAAUGUGGAAUCGUACAGCGCCGGGGAUGACACGAAGGACGGUGCCACUGAAAGCCAGAUGUCAUAGCAGGCAAAAUCUGCCAAGUGUGGUUUAAUACAUAGUAGUCAUUUGAGACCGUCUACUCCACAUACAGAGCUACACGAAAAUUUUGCACCACAAAAAGAGCGGGAAAUGAUUCAAUAGC